CCUAGAUGUUUUGAAGAGUAUUUAUUGACACCCUGUAUAAUAGAUACCGAUUAAGAUAUAAAUGAUAUAAUUCAUAAAAAAUUUAAUUUUUGAUACAGAGUUGAGACUUUAUCCGCAAUAUGGAAAAUAAUAUACCUAAAUUGGAAUGAUUUGUUAUUAUUGAAAGUUAAAUAUAAUAUCCCAGUUUGUGUAUUUAUUUCGCGGAAUUUAAAUAUGGUACAGGUCAAAUUAUUAACCUGACUGCAUUAUACUUCUAAAAAUCAACAGCAAGGUGAUAACCCACAUGAUGCUGAAGAGAUGCACAAUAAGAAAUUCCAUCAAAAUAAACCGAUCAAAACAACCAAAACAAUAAAUUUAUCUGCAAAAUAACACAAAACAAACUUUCUUAGUAUUCAAUUUUUCCUGCUUGAUUAGCAUAUUCUUGUGAAUAUUGCUCGGUAAUCCCAGUUUGCAUUUUUUAUUAUUUCUUUUCAGGUAUAUAAAAGUGGCUUCAGAUCGAGGCAAAAUGCAUAAUCAAAUAAGUCUAACAUAACACAAGCACGAUGAAAUCUUUUGUAUUUGUACUCUGCUGUUUUGCGGUAGUUUUGGCUGACCCUGUCCAAGAACGUUGGAACCGAGUCCAUCAGCAGUGUCAACAAUCUCCAGAAACUUAUGUUGAUGACGAUAUUUUCGAACAACUGAAACGAGGACAAAAACCUACUCUUCCGUCUAACUUUGGACUACAUGCCAAUUGUAUGUUAACUAAAUUGGGUCUUCAAGACAACCGAGGAAAUGUUUUGCUAGAAGGAAUAAGACGUGCUGCCGAGGUGGGAAUUUCCGACAAUGGCAAAAUCAACCGCACAAGCACGAUGAAAUCUUUUGUAUUUGUACUCUGCUGUUUUGCGGUAGUUUUGGCUGACCCUGUCCAAGAACGUUGGAACCGAGUCCAUCAGCAGUGUCAACAAUCUCCAGAAACUUAUGUUGAUGACGAUAUUUUCGAACAACUGAAACGAGGACAAAAACCUACUCUUCCAUCUAACUUUGGACUACAUGCCAAUUGUAUGUUAACUAAAUUGGGUCUUCAAGACAACCGAGGAAAUGUUUUGCCAGAAGGAAUAAGACGUGCUGCCGAGGUGGGAAUUUCCGACAAUGGCAAAAUCAACCGCAUUGUUGACGAUUGUAAUGUGAACAAAAACUCUAAAGAAGAUACUGCUCUUGAAUUAUUCGGCUGUCUUGGAAAACACCGCGUUAACAUAGGACAAUUGUAAAUAUCUAUCAACUAUAAUAAUUAUUGUCAAUAAACUUUAAAUAACCGGCAAUAA